CGACUCCUCAACGCGUUCAAGACUCCACACAAGCCUUUCUUCAUGGCAGACCUCACGCAACUCGUGCCUCCUAAAGAUCUGGACGACUCUAUCAAGGAGACUGUCUUCCGCCAUAUCUUCUGUCGAUUGGCUUCAUUCCGGAACACAGCUCUACUCCACAGCGAGCUCGAGCAGAAUCUGACUGAGCUAGACGCGAAAGUGAAGAGUCAACGCAAGGACGACUUCGACAGAGAAAUACAAAAUUGGGCCCAGAAUCUGGUUGAGAACGCUUGGAUGGCGUGCGGUGAAAUUGGCGGAGGCGAAUGCCCGCAACUGGACCCUUACACCGAUACGUCUACUGGACAUCUCGAUCAACUACCCCCGCAAGAGACUCUUACAAAGAUUCUGAACACAGUCCUGUUCCUCAACAUCGCUGGCUCCAAGGAAUUCUCUGCCCGCACACGAAGCUUCCUGACUACCAUCGGCAAAUGCGACGAAGAUAUCAUCGUAUCUGCACUCAAGAAUCCAAGCAAGGCGAUAGAAGAGACACAGAAGCUGGCCGAGUCCUCUCGAUUAGAACAUGCGAAGAUGGGACGAACACUGCGGAUGGUGGGUGUUGGCCUGGGGGCUGUUGCUGGAGGUGUCCUUGUGGGGGUGACCGGCGGCCUAGCCGCGCCGCUAGUUGGUGCCGGUGUUGCAACUGUUCUCGGGUUCUUCGGGAUAGGUGGAACUGCGGUGGGGAUACUGGCCAGUGCCCUUGCGAGUACGGCUCUUCAUGCUCGGAGGGCACGCUCCUCAUUGUCUCCAGGCUCUAGCGUUAUCUGUGGUGCUUUGUUCGGUGCUUACGGCGCACGAUCCACGUCGAAAAUGGUCGAAAGGCAUACUCGUGAAAUCCGAGAUCUGGACAUCUUGGCUCUGCACAAUAUCAGCAAAGAGCACGAAACACUGGCUGUGCGUAUGUGUGUCAGCGGCUGGCUUUCUAGCAAAGAUGAUGUCACUGCUCCGUGGAAAGUGUUCUCCGGUGACGAUACUUAUGCUUUGCAAUGGGAAGUCGAGCUGCUGCAAUCGUUGUCAAACUCGUUGGUUACACUGGUCAAAACGAAUGCUUUGCGGUAUAUCAAGGCUGAAGUCAUCAAGCGUACUGUGUUUGCCACUCUGAUGAGCUCAUUGGCGCCAAUGGCAAUUCUGAAAGUCGGUCAAAUCAUCGACAACGACUGGAUGAACAGUCAAGCGUUAGCAAUUAAAGCCGGUCGUGUGCUAGGUGAUCUGCUCCAUAAACGGGUUUUCGGGAAUCGACCUGUCACAUUGACAGGCUAUUCUCUCGGAGCACUGGUGAUCUUUCAAGCGCUCGAAUGUCUGGCCGCUCUGCCACCAUCGGAGACAGUGCAUCUCAUCGAAGAUGUGUAUCUUUUCGGCGCACCUGUGACCACAGACUUGGCCAGAUGGGCCAGCAUCAGACGUCUGGUCAGCGGCCGUCUGGUCAAUGGCUACGCGCGGGAUGACUAUGUGCUGGCGGUGCUCUCGCGAAUAUCCAAUGCAAGCUGGGAAGUGGCUGGUCUCCGUUCAGUCGAUGUCGUCGGAGUUGACAAUGUACUUUGCGAGGAGGUCGAGGGACACACACAGUGGAGAGUGAUGGUCGGCAAAUCCCUGCAGCUUGCCGGUGCUCCGCAGAUUGAAGAUCAGAGGGUGCUGGAACAAACAGAAAACGGUCACGCCGAUCCUACCUACGCUGCAGAACUGCCGGACGAUGCUUGAAUCUAAUCAUUUUAUGUCUUCAAGACCAUCACGAGAAAUUGACAGAGAAUCACGUCCUUCAUGCCAUAUGCCAAGAAGCCAUCAGAUGCAAAUUACCGCAGGCGAGUAGGCCGAGCAGACUCAGCGGACGCCCCGAUCGCUCCAACCGGGUGAGGAGAGCGCACUUCUUGUUCCUGCCGCGCAUGACAUUGACAAAGACGUGCACGUGCUUACACCAGGCUCGUCUGGAACGAAUUCGCGGAGUAAAGCAAGCAGCUCAGCCCUCUCUUUUCUCGGACGCGACAUAGGCCCCUUCUUACCAUUGAGUCACAUGACCGCGAUAGACGAUAUUACUCAAAUAGCCGGAUCCUCGAUGCGGUGAUUAAGACAGCCAAGCUGUAGCGAAACGCCCUUAAUGUCGGCCGUCCAACCGCUCCACUCAUUUAUAGGCGGUCUCGGUCUCUCCCUCCCCGUGCACUCGCUCCUCCUUCUAAAUGGACGGAUAUUCGGCAUCAGCGGGUUCCUCCAUCGCAGUGUUCGCGGUAGCAAGGAGUCCAUCGCGUCCGCUGCAGGGCUUUUAAUUGGCGGGGUUCUUAUUGGGCUGAUAGAAAAGUCUGUUCCCCAGCCAUGCCCGGUUUCAUUCCCGUCCCUGGUGCUCUCAGGUCUGCUGGUCGGAGCCGGAACCAAGCUGUCCAACGGAUGUACCUCUGGACAUAUGCUUGCUGGGAUUUCCAGACUUUCUGUCCGUUCCGUGGUCUCCACUGCUGUGUUUUUCUCGAUUGGAGCCAUAACUGCUCAAUAUUUGCAUUGGAACUUGCCUCCGACCCCUGACUUAUUAGAUUGGACUUUAAGGGCACCAGGGAGAACUCUCUUGGUAGCUCAGGUUUUUCCCUUGCUCGUUUCCACUGUGCUCUUCCUCGCGACGCCACCCGCAACGACGGAACUGGCGGAUAACGACACCACUCUUUCGCGCCUUGCUGCUUCAGUAGCCACAGGACUGGAAUUCGCGCUAGCGUUGAAGCUGUCCAACCUUACUGAGCCGCUCCGAGUACUCGCGUUUCUCUUGCUCCCCUAUCACCAGUCUUUUGAUCCUUCCCUCGCUUUCCUCGCUGCUGGCGCGCUUCCAUCUGGUAUCGCUCUCUAUCAGCUCUGUCGGGGACCGGAACGCCCAAAGCUUGGAGGGAAAUGGGCUGUGCCGAGUGUUGGGCGAGUGGAUAUGAGACUGAUCAUGGGAAGCGUCAUCUUCGGUCUGGGCUGGGGGCUUGCCGGGAUCUGUCCUGGUCCGGCGGUUGUCAAUCUGGGACGCUCACUCGCCGUAGGAGCCGACCCAGUGCCCAUGCUUGUCUGGUUAUUCGCGAUGGUCUUCGGAGGUAUAAGCCUUUAAGCCGAUUACACUGCCCGUUA